GCUGAUUGAGGUUGGCCGUCUGGGUCCGGCAGUUCGGUAGGGGAAAGUGGGAGGAGGACGAAACGUCGGGAAAGGACUGCGGUGCGGUUGUCGUUCGACAUCGAGAUUUUUCUCCCUUCGGUAUUUUUAGUGGAGGCCUCGCCUUCGAGAUGAAAAGGAGGACUUCGACGCGCGCGCCGAGUGACGCCUGAGCAUCAGAUUAGCAGCCGGACUUAUUUUCACAGGGUUGCAUGGUGGAUGUAGCUUGUGUGUGUUAGAUUUCUGCGGUGAGAACGAGAUUACAGGCUGGACUGAUCCUCUCCAAUGCGCUGAGAUCAAUUGCAUACGUUCAAACAUGCUCGAUUCCUGAACACGUUCUCACUACCCGGGGCUUCCAGCGAAUGUUGUCGUCAUUUCAAGAGGCCUAGGAAGGGGUUCAGCUGUCGCCUUUUGAUGGUGCAGUGUUUCGAAGCUUUGGACUAAACCGCGCAGGGAGGAGUGCCAAUGAAGAGGUUCUCUUGACUGCAAUGUAAAAAGAGGCACGGUCCUAAGAAGCUUCUAGCUGCAGCAGGGAUGGGGCGCUGGAAAGGCAUGCAUAGGAGUGAAUAUCGCAGAUGGAACUUCACUGACAUGAGCUCUCCAGUCUCUCUCUGUAUAUGAGGGAGGUGCUGGUUUGAGCUGUGCAAUCUCGGUCGCGUCCGCCAUAGAACGAUUGCCCUCGGUUCUUUAUGUAUUCUUGUUCGCCGAUGAGGCUGUCUGCCUCUGGAUAUGCGCAACAUCAAACAAUGACAGGUGAACAGCGAAGUCUUAACUCUGAGCUAUGGCAUGCAUGUGCGGGUCCUCUUGUGUCUGUGCCUCCCGUGGGCAGCCGCGUGGUCUACUUUCCUCAGGGUCAUAGCGAGCAGGUGGCUGCAUCAACCCAAAAGGAGGCCGAUGUGCAUAUACCCAGCUAUCCCAGUCUCCCAUCGCGGUUGAUCUGUUUGCUCGACAAUGUUACCCUCCAUGCGGAUAUGGAGACGGAUGAAGUUUACACCCGGAUGACACUGCUACCUAUGAGUGGGAGUCCGGAGAAGGAACUUGUGAUCGUGCCUGACAUCACAAGGGACACCAAACAACCUACAGAUUUUUUCUGCAAAACAUUGACAGCAAGUGAUACUAGUACUCAUGGUGGCUUUUCAAUUCCCCGCCGUGCCGCAGAGAAAGUCUUUCCACCCCUGGACUACUCCCAACAACCUCCAGCCCAUCCUGCCCAGGAGCUUGUCGCAAGAGACCUUCAUGAUCAGGAGUGGCACUUCCGGCACAUCUACAGAGGUCAACCUCGUAGACAUCUUCUCACAACUGGAUGGAGUGUUUUUGUUAGUGCUAAGAGACUCCAGGCUGGUGAUUCUGUUCUUUUUAUCAGAGAUGACAAGGGACAGCUUCUUCUAGGCAUAAGGCGUGCUAACAGGCAGCAGACAGCAAUGCCUUCCUCAGUGCUCACGAGUGACAGCAUGCAUAUUGGUGUUCUUGCGGCCGCUAACCAUGCAGCCGCCACCAAUAGCAGAUUCACUAUCUUUUACAAUCCCAGGGCAAGCCCAUCUGAGUUCGUAAUCCCUCUUGCUAAGUACAAUAAAGCUAUCUACCACACCCAGGUUUCUGUCGGGAUGCGUUUCAGGAUGGUAUUUGAAACAGAGGAAUCAGGUGUGCGAAGAUACAUGGGAACUAUUACUGGUAUCGGCGAUGUCGACCCGCUUAGAUGGCCGAGCUCGCACUGGCGGUCGUUGAAGGUUGGCUGGGAUGAAUCUACAGCCGGCGAGAGACAGAGGCGUGUGUCUCUGUGGGAAAUUGAGCCGUUAACAACCCCUUUCCUGAUCUGUCCUCCACUGACAUUGAGAGCGAAGCGGCCCCGGGCGUCUUCUCGAGGCCAUUCGGGUGAAGAUGAGGAAGGAGAUGGCUCGGUCAAGAAGUCUUCUAUGUGGUUAAGAGAUGACGAGAGAGACGGUCUAUCGAAUCUACCUUUCAGGGGCCUUGGGAUGGACCCUUGGACACCCAGGUUACCACAGAGUCCAGAUUCAGUAGCUCCUGGUACACCAACAGAUUUUUAUCGGGUCAUGGCUGCGGCUGCUCUUCAAGAGAUUCGCGGCAACGAGACGUCCAAGCAACUGCUUCAGCGACAACCACAGCAGUCCUUGCAGAAUCAUCAGAUGCAAUUUCGUCCCCAGCAGCAACAACCUCCUCUACAGCAACAAGAGCAGCAGCAACAACAGCAGCAACAACAGCAACAACAACAGCAGCAGCUUAAUAUGCAACAGCAGCAGCAACAAGUUCUGCAGUCUCCUCAGCCGUUGCCAUUACCUGAUGUUACUGGGCCCUUACUCCAACUUUCAUCAAGCAGGCCACAAUCUCCUAUGCAGUUAUCUACAUUGCGGGCGUCAUCAGGAUAUACGGACUCGGAUGUGCACUUAUCUCCUGCUUCCACUGCGUCAGGAUCAUUUCCUUUACAGAGUCUUCUGAGCAGGACUCAACAAGGCAGUGUACUCACCACUGAAGAUACAAAUCAGUUUUCAAAUCUUCUCCGCAGCAAUCAAAGCGCAAUGCAACAAGCUACUAUGCUACCUGGUUCCGCUAUGGUAGGGCGGGACUCUCCUGUAUCGAGUGCCUGGUAUUCUAUGCGGGAUUCCACUACAUCCGAUUGCGCUCAUCCAAGUUCCCGCAUGGGGCGAGCAGACUCAUCCCCCAGUUCUGCUCCCACAUAUGCUCUUUCAUCCAAUGAACCUUGUCAAUCUGGUUUGACAGCCCUACCCAUGCAGAAUCCUACUUAUGCAGUGUUUCGGGACAAUUCACAGGAGCAAGAUCAAGUACAGUCAGAUCCUCGUAGUCAUCUCCUUUUCGGUGUAUCCAUUGAUCAAAUGCCAAACGGAGCUGGGGGUCUGGGAUCAAGGGGCUUUGGUAAGGCAAAGGAUAACCAGGCGCGAUUCGCUGGCGGUAGCCUACUGCCUGCUCCUUAUUGCUCAUCGGCGGGACAAGAUCUGCCCAUCAGCCCUGGCAUAAUAUCCCAUGGUAGUAUAAAUGAUAGCCAAUUUAUGCAGCGGGGAUUCAUGGCACCCGUAUCUUCUCCCCAGCGGAGCUACACAAAGGUCUACAAGCUUGGUUCCGUCGGGAGAUCCCUAGAUGUGGCCCAGUUCACCAACUAUACAGAUUUGCGUGUUCACCUUGCCCGCAUGUUCGGACUCGAGGGGCAGCUUGAAGAUCCACAAAGAUCAGGCUGGCAGCUCGUGUUCGUGGACAAUGAGCAAGAUGUGCUUCUAGUUGGCGACGACCCCUGGGAUGAGUUCGUCAAUUGCGUUCGUAGCAUCCGGAUCUUGUCACCGUCGGAAGUGAUGCACAUGAGCCAGGAAGGAUUGGAGCUCCUGAAUAUCGUUCCGCCAACUGCUCCCCGGCCAACGAGCAGUGGUUCUGAGGAUGGUGCCACCAUGCCUGCCGGAUUCGAGAAAUCCUGUGGGAAUGAUGCCCAGCGGGGGUGCCCCUGAUUACUCCCCGAGGGCAUGCCUUGGUUAGCAUUCUGGAGUCGGUAGGUGACGCAUUAUGUCUAUUCUGAGAAUUUCUCCCACUAUCAAGACUCUAGCUCGAGUAAGGAUGGAAAGACUGUGUACCGGCACUGAGGCUCUUCUGAGAGGUUGACUCUGUAUAGUGGAACCAUCCACACGCAGUCAAUCCUAUUUUGCUGCUUUGGACUUGGAACUAAUGUGCAGCUGUGCAUGGGGAGAGAAGAGGAAGGGCAGACCGGCGGGGAAGACAGGGCAGUUGGGCGUUCGGAGGUGGUAACUGUUCCGUGCAGGGCGAACAGCUUAGCUAGCAGACUUCGAUUUUAUAUCUCGGCCUGGUGAGCAUCAUCGCGGUGGGAUCAGGACCCGCAUCCGAAGAAGCCAGCGAUUUUGUAAGGGGAAAGGCUGUCGUGUGUGGUGGGACAAACUCGUACGACUCGCAAAACUACUUCUGGCUUCCUCCAGAGUACGAAGGAAUGCUAUGAUCCCAUUUGAAGGCGAGGCCGAUCCGGCAAGAUCCCGGGGUUCGUCUGCACCCGGAAUCUUGCAAGCUGUAGAGCUGCGCAUGAACCAUAUCUUUUCACGUUUUUCACACCAUGGAAGGUGUGUUUCAUGCCGGUUCUCGAGCGGAUCAUCUUCCUGAAAGGGCCGCUACACUCCCGUUGUCUAGCGAGACAGGGAUGGGAGCUUCCAUGGGCCCACAUUGCUCUAAUGGACUGUAUUAGUGAGCUCAAUACAUUCUUUGGCUAAAAGGUUACUCAAUGUCCGGGCCUGUGUUUUGCAAUGUAGAUUGUAUCGGUGUAGUGAGAGCUAAUCCUUGCAACAAGGAUUUACGCAAAAGAAUGGUUUUGGUCGAAGCUUCGGAGGCUGCCAUUUGUAUUGCUAUUGUCCAUGAUGAUAAAACCAUCUUGUAGAUUAUUUUGC